CUCCAGCAAUGCAUUGUUGAGUGAGGCAGACAGGCAAGUGAAAAGCGAGAGAGUCACAAAAAUAAGAGUUCGCCGGAGAUCCAACUCACAACAUUAGAAACCACGCGCGUGGUGGUAGCCAAAAUAUAUGGACACCGCACCGCCGUUCAGGUGUGUCGUUCUUUUUUUUUUUCUUUGCUACGCGCAACCUUCAUCAGAGCUGCAGCAGAUCCGUCGCGGGUGCGCGCGGCGUGUGACCUAGAAGCACGGUAUAUUUUUUAACGUUUCGUUUGUUUCGUUUUGGUUUGUGCCGUUAAAGUACAAUACGUUCAGUCUGUUGCGAAUCUUCCUGGUACCCGGAGUGUGGUCGGGCUGAGCGGGUCUCAGGUCUCUCUGAGUCUCAAGUGUAUGUGAAGUUCGAUAAAGUGAAGGUGGUGAAAAUAGUGUGCAUAUAAGAGACACUAAUAAAUAUUGACGAUCGAGUAGCUAUAAAAGCCGGCUGCAAUCGAACCUUAAAGCUUCAACGAUCACACUCCAAGAUGGUCAAGUUCAAUGAGAGAAAUCAUCCCUUCGUGGACCUGGGAGAUGGCCUUAGCAUAUGCUUGAACCGCGCGGCGUACCACGAUGACAAAGAGCUACGACGGGAUGCAGCUGUGUCGGAGGAAACGGCGAUGGCCUUGAUCGAAUUUCGUCGGCUUGUGGAGACCAAUCGGAACUUGGACGUCAAGGUCGACCAGAACAACUGGACCGUGAUGCUGUAUCUGAGGUGCUACGACAACGACGUGAAGCGGGCGUUCGCCUUGAUGGAUUAUGGUUACCGGUUGCUGCACCGGGUAACGGAUUACACUAUGCCCUACGCACAAGUGAGACACGUCUUCGAGGAAGGUCUCAUUCGAUAUUUGCCGAAUUGUGACGAGGAUGGAGCGGUGGUGUUCAUUGUGGAGAUGAGCCGCCGGUGGAACCCCUCCAAGAUAUCCCUGCAGCAGUUCAUCGCCGCUAUUCGGGUCGGUGGACUGGCUCUGAUGCUCAACCCGGACGCCCAGCGCAACGGCUGCAAGGUGCUGUUCGAUGUGGACGGCCUAUCGAUGAGUCACGUAUCGCACUUUACCCCCCGCAGCUCAAACUUCCUGUUCGAUUUGAUCGAAAAGUGCACUCCCAUUGUGACCAAGGGUAUGCACACCGUCAACAACGGUAUGAUGUACAACGUGCUGUUCGCGAUACUGAAACCAUUCAUGAGCAAAGAUCUGCGCUCGAAAACCUAUAUGCACGGCAAGAACUGGAGCUCACUGGCGAAGCACAUUAGUCCGAAGUGUUUGCCACCGCAGUACGGAGGAACCAUGGAACUGCCGGAUUGCUAUAGGCCGGCGCUGGGGAAGCUGCUGCAGCAUUAUGAGGGCUAUUUUACAGAGUACAAUUCUUAUGGAUAUACGGGGAAUCCGGAUGGAAAAUGAUCCUGCAUUCGUUUAUGUGAGAGUUAUCAACUGUACCUAAGUGUGUUAGAGCUAUUUUUGUUAUGAUUUUUGCACAGAUCACUUAUAGCAUUGAAUAAACUAUGCUUUAAAGACGAAAUAUGCACUGUUAAUUCGAUACUUUGGUUACCAUACUUCAUACACCAGAGAAGUCUCGCUUUUUAAUUACCGGUUUCACGCAACAAAGUUAACCAAUCAUAAAACAUCACACUUCAGCGUAAAUGACAAAAAAAACGAACAACGACUCGAAUGCAACAGCAACUACGAGAAUGCAUGCACUUCAUCAGAAGUGAAGUGCAAGGUCCUCCGGGCCACGAACACGAGGGAGCCCUCUUGCACCUCUCAUAAGUAUCGAUGAUGGGUGAUUGUCGCGUGGAGAUAAACUGCAUUGGAGAAGAAA